GAAAUCUACCCAUAAUCAAAGGCGAGACUGGUUUAUCACUUUCGAACUCACUGAACAUGAAGAUCCAGAAGAAGCUCCUUUCGUCCGCUGUUUCCUCGGCCAGCUUAACGGCCUUUCCAACCGCCACGAUAUUCUCGGGUCCGAUCCAAGGCAUCUCGACGAGCCGCCCAAACGCAUUAUCUCCAGUGAAUAAGUUUCUCGAAAUCCCCUAUGCCUCUAUACCUGAACGGUUUUCCCUACCUCAGCCACCGAAGCCGUGGGUUGACACUCUCAAUGCCACAACAUUUGGGCCGGCAUGUCUCCAGAACUUUGGCAUCAACGCACCACCCGAAAGUGAAGACUGUCUGAGCAUCAAUGUCUUCGCCCCCACAACCAGAUUCCCGGACGCCGGGCUUGCCGUGGUCGUCUUCAUCCACGGUGGUGGAUGGCAGCUGGGCCACGGCAGACUUGAUCUUUCUGCUUUCGCGGCAUAUGAAGACAUUGUCGCCGUAACUCUUAAUUACCGCACAAAUGUCUUUGGCUUUCCUGCAUCACCUGAGAUCCCACCAAGCGAACAAAACCUGGGUCUACACGACCAACGUCUGGCUCUGGCUUGGGUACAAGAUAACAUCGCCACCUUUGGCGGCGACCCGUCCAAGGUGACAAUCUGGGGCCAGUCUGCUGGAUCCUUUUCCGUAGACCACCACCUGAAAGCCUACGCCAACGACACUUUGGUCCCUUUCCGUGGUGCCAUCAUGUCCAGUGGGCAGAUGAGCUUCGGGCACCUUGCACACCCAUCGCCUGGGAUCGAGGCCUGGACGGGACUGUCGAGUCUAGUUGGAUGCGCCAACUCGUCAGAUGAACUAGAAUGUAUGAAAGCCGUCCCAGCGAAAACCCUCAUCAACACCAUGCGGAACAAGCCAGGCGAACUAUGGAGAAACGGGGAUGUUGUCAAAAUUCCGAUCCUGACGGGUAUUGUGGAGGAAGAAGGGCGCGGUCUGGUCAACGAUAAAGUCAACAUGACGGCCUUCUUUGAUGCAUACCUUCCGUCAGCCCUCGUACCGUCCGAAGACCGGGAGAUGAUCAUCUCCAUGUACCGCUCUGAUCCUAGUGUCAUCACCGACUUUGACCUUGCCUCAGCCAUUUAUACUGACUUACUCUGGUCUUGCCCUCAAUCUAUACUUGCGUCGACAGCAUCUUCGAACAAUAUCUCUACCUGGCGCUACCAUUUCAAUACCUCAAUCUUGAAUCUCUUACCCAAAGAGUACGACUGGCUGGGCAGGUUUCACGGCUCAGAGAUCAUUCUUCUCUUUACCGAUCCAGAUACCACACCUUAUACCCCUCAAACGUACGCAGUGUAUGAAUACUUCAGGGGGGUCAUUGCGCGAUUUGUCAAGAAUCCUUCCGCAGGGCCUGGGUGGCCGGCCGUGGGAUCGUCUUAUGCCCCGCUCGAUGUCGCGAUCUUGGGGGAUGUGGGUGAUACCUCGAGCGUCAUGACGGUAUCGAAUUCUACAAGGCUGGAUGAAAGGUGCAAGCUUUUUGAGAAGAUUUGGCCCAAACUCAAGGCCAUUAGUUAA